UCUAUUAAGUCGUUACAUGGAUUAAAGGGCUUGGUACACAUUUUUCAAGUGCACUUUUGUUGCGACAAUUUGAAAAAAGGGAGAAAAUGAAGGUUUAAAGGACACGAAGUAAUUUUACAUCCUAAUUUUUUGAGUUAUACUUCCAUGACGCGAAUUAUUUUCUUUAUUACAUCGCUUGAUCUUUAACACUGCGUCAAAGAUUUCUACCUUUCUUUUCAUUCUACUUUGUAUAUGAAAUGUAGACACAUAUUAUGUUAAAUUACUCCUUAGAUUGCACUUCGGUAGUGAACAACGAAGUCUUGAUUAUGCAGCACUUCAAACCUGACAAGUUACUUAGGAUAAGCAAUUGUUUUAUGUAAAAUUAAGAAGAAAUUAAAAAAAACGUAUUUACUUGUUUGCUUUCUGUAUGGUCUUUGGUAAAAGAAAUAAGUUCAAAAUUUAAACUAAUUAUUGUAAGAGUAAUUAUCUUCUUUUUUUAUUAUUUAGAGUAGUUUUAAGAUACCACUCCAUACAUGUAUGUCACAUCAAAUACAAAAAAAGGAGUAAAGGAAUCAGCAUUGAGAUUUCAUUAUAUGUGAAUAAAUAGGCAUAACAUACAGAACGAAAACGAAGACAAAGAAUAUUUAAGUACUACAUUUGGCUCACUAUAAUUUAUGUGUUUGUUAAUUAAAUGCUUUAAAUUCGUUGAAUUUGAAAAAAAAACCCUCAAGAUAAUUAGUUAUCUUUUAUACUUGCAAGCGAAAUUUAAACACUUGACGAGGGCGAGUAGAGUUUGCGUGCGCAAUUCUUUACACAUUUUUCUUCAUGCAGCUGUAGAUGCAAAAUUAUAACUUUCUUAUAAUUUUUACUUCAUUUAUUCCUUUAUUUACUUAUUUUUUAAAUUAUUAUUUCUUUUACGAAGUUAACAUUUAUGUAGCAAUAUUAUGAUUAUUAGUUUAAAAAAUCUUUAUUUAUUAAUUUGAUACGAAGAAACCUAACGGUGCUUACGCGUCAUCUAUUUGCAGUAUCUUAUACUCUGCAUAAACCUAAAGUAAAAUGUACAAUUAGCUUAAUUUUCCGAAGCGCCGGUGGAUUUUAAAACUAAGAAUUUUUUCGACAUAGCAGUAAAGAAUCAUUCAAUGUAUUAGUAUUGUAAUAGUGUUAAUUCAUAUUAAUAAAAAACCCAAAAUAUGCCAUAAUAUGCCAUUUCGUGCAGAAAAAAAUAUUAUCCCUGGACGAAAUCGUGAGAUAAACUUUUUUAAUUUUUUUUAAUUUUUAUAGCAAUUCGAAUUAAUUUGAAGGAACAAGAAAUCCCAAUGGUUAAAAUUUAGAAUCGUAUGCGGUAAACGUGAAACUAUAGAGUGAUUCAACAAAUUGUCAUACUGUCCAAAAAUAAAACGAUUUUUUUUUCUAGAUUAAGCCUAGGAAAUCGGGAUUAUUAAAAAGAAAAAAAAACAUGAAAUAAAUAUUUUAGGAAAAUAUGCUAGAUAAGUCACAUAUUCUGGGUACAAUUUAUACCUAUUCAAGUGCACUUUUAAAAUGAACAUUAUUAAAUUUAAAAGUCCAUAAUUAUAAUGUGGGUAGACUGAUUUCCUUGAAUGGCUUUGAUGAAAGAGAGAGAUAUGAAGUUGAACUUAUCAGGCAUUUUAUCCGUCAGCUGCACUUUUAAAGAGCGCUAGUUCUUAAGAUAUACCUGUAAAAUAUAUCCUUAAUAAUAGAAUCUGUUUACACUUCUCUUAUAGUAAAUUACAAAUUCAUUUUCGAAAAAACAACUAUUUAUUUGUCUACCUGUUUAAAAUUGAGAACCAGAAAAAAAACCAAAACCAAACCCAACUGCCCAUAUUUUUUAUCUACUUUAAAUAAGAUAUUUUUUUUUAUAUUAGCCUUAUUUGUAUCUAACCCACUCUGGAACUCCGCAUUAUCUAAUUUAAAUUUAGAAUUUAUUAAACAUAUAUAUACAUAUUUUAUCAAGUUUGAUUCAAACACCACUUUCACAUUUAAACCAUUCUAUUACAAAGUGUAUAAAAAAUUACGAAUCGAGUUGUUAUCUUAAAGUUUUGUUUUUUAUAAUAAUGUAGCACUAUUAAACUGUUAAUAAACCUCAUAUAUAUUUGAAAAAGAAAUUGCACUUUGCCUUUAAUAAAUAGCUAUGUAAACUGUUGAAAUGUGAAGUAAUUAUUUCAAGCAUAUUAAACUUAUUUAUAUAAAUAAAUGCUUUCCUAACCUUCAGUUCAAAAACAGCGGUUUUUGGAAAAGCAAAGACGGGUAUGUAUCUUUCAUUUGCAACUAAAAGCUAACAAGAAUUUGUUUUUGGUCGUUUUGAUUCUCGAUUAUACAUCUUUGGUUUAUAUGAAAGGUUGUGUUAUGAAAAAUGAUUUUCAUACCGUAUAUGAAUUGCAACAUAAAUGUAUGCUAUGGUUUUUUUUUCAGAAACUCACAUAUAAAAUGAACUACUUUAGCGGAUAUGGGUUACCACGGUUUAGCAAGGAUCUAACUUCAGAAUUUCAACUAAAACCAGAGUCUACAGAUCGUUUUGUUCAAGUGACUAGAACUUCAGGACGCUGGAGAGAUUUAGUAGACCCAAACAAUGAUUCAAACAACACAUACAUUUACAAAGGAUCCCAGUCAACAGAACUGGACGGCAAACAAAAGAAUUCCAAAAUAAAGUUGUAUGUGGCGAUUUUGAUACUUUUUACUUUCCUGAUCGUUUCCUGCAUUGGAGUAGCUGUUGUGUCAACCAUGUUAUAUCACGAGCAAAAUAAACACAAUAAUGAUGCUCUUACAACAAAGUCAAUUACAAUGACAACAAUAAAUCCAACACUACACUGCAAAGACGAUACACCGGCCGCAGAGAAAUGUAGCGAAGGUUGGACCUUAAAUGAUGGUUCCUGCUAUUGGUUAAAUAAAGAUUUUUUAAGCUGGGACGAGGCACAGGCAGCUUGUCGAAAGAGGUCAGCUACUUUGGUUGAGAUCACAAAUGGGAACGAAAACAUGUUUUUAGAAGAAUUUGCAAUAAACUACUUGAUAUGGGUUGGAAUAAAAGUUAUUGAGAGUAACACUCGAAUAAACACCUGCUCGCAGACACCUUCUUCCGUUGGAUUAACAUACACUAGAGAAUUUGGAAAGUGUAUAGAAUCAAUUACGAUAUUCGAUGGAACUGGUGAACCUUUUUCGUUCUUUGUUAAUCGUGAUUGUAAUGACCGUUUAAUGUCUGUGUGUGAAAGAUUUUUUUAAAUUAACAAAGGAUAUCAACAAA